AACGACGACAACAACCAAUUAGAUGACUUGAAUCCUUUUCCGAUAUUACGUCCUAUACUUCCGUUGGUUGCUUUUUUUCUAUUCCGGUAAGGCCAGGGUGGACCAUUUGAUUUCGCAAUAGUGCGGGAUUAACCGAGUUAUUCUGUAUUUACUCAUCAUAAACCAAGCGUCAAUGUCACUAUGGCUGGAGUGGAAGAGUCUCCGUUCUCUCUGAUCAGUCUGGAGGAAGAGCUGACCUGCAGCAUCUGUCUUAACACCUUCCAAUGUCCAGUGACCAUCCCCUGCGGACACAACUUCUGCCAGGACUGCCUUCUCGCCACCUGGAAGGACUCCAACUUCAAUUACAGCUGUCCUCAGUGUAGGACCUUUUUCGCCACCAAACCUGAGCUGAAGAAAAAUACGGUCCUCAGCACCGUCGUAGAGACCUUCAAAAUCAGAGCUAAAAAGAGCGAAACAAGUGUUCUUGCAGAGGAGAGCAUAGUUACGAAAAAGAAUGUCAUACACUGUGAUAUGUGUAUGGAAGCUGAAGCAUCCCACACUUGCCUCACCUGCAUGGCCUCUUACUGUGAAGAACACCUGCGGCCUCACCAGGAAAACCCUAUAUUUCGCCCCCAUCAGCUGAGUGAGCCUGUCGGUGACCUUAUGGAGCGCAUCUGUCCCGACCACCAAAGGCUGAUGGACCUCUUCUGCAGCCAACACAUCUGUGCAAUCUGCAGCUUCUGUCUCCAAGAAGCCCACAAAGGUUGCUUUGUCACCUCUUCUGAGGAAAGGAGGAACCAGAUAGAGUCUGAUCUGAGAGACAAGUUCGGUCAGCUGGAUGAGAAGAUUGCAAAGAACAAAACUGUCUUAUGUGAAAUGGGGGGCAUGCAGAACAAGUUAAAGGACUCAGUAACCUAUAAGAAGAGAGCUGUGGCAGCUGAGUAUCAGCAGAUACGGGACAUGUUGGCCCGAGAGGAGCAUGAUGCACUGUUUGCCCUGGAUCAAGAGUUGGAGAGCAGUCAGACUAAACUCAACAGUCUCAUGAAAAAAUUCAAUGAUAAUGUCAGUAACCUGAACAAAGCAAAAGUAGAUAUCCACAGCCUGCUGAGGCAGUCCCAAACCAUGGCCUUCCUACAGGCUUCAUUUAACCUUCCUACAGCCAUGCAGUUUGACCCUUACACCCCUCGCAUCAACCUGGACUCCAAGAAGGUGAAGACCGUGCAGGCCUGUGCUGUUGCCCUGAAGGAUCAUCUGUCGGAGAUCUUAAAACAGCCUGUUGAAGCCAGACUACCAAUACUUAAAACAGGUGAAAGACAAGCGUCCGCUUCUGGGUUUUCAAGUCCUAAAUUACAUAAGGAAUCUGAGCCACAAUGGCCUUCAGAUCAUCCCAAGCAGCCCACGUCCCAAAGUCCUUGUUCUCAACCAAAACCAGUCCAGAAGAAGAAAUCUCAAAAAAACACAAAUCCUUCACAGGCCAUGGGACAUGGUAUGGGAAAUAAGAAUCAAAAUCGUUCGAUGGAAAACCUGCUGGAAUUUGCUGCAGAAGACAAACUCAAAGGCCGUCCUCCAUGGGCUGAUCCCAAAAGGAAACCAGAAACUUCUGACAUUCCCCCUGACAUAACUUCUGCUGAAAAGAGAACUGAACUUCUGAAAUAUGGCACAGUCCUCACUCUGGAUCCAAAAACAGCCCAUAAACGCAUCGUGCUUAGUGAAGGCUUCACCAAGGCCUGUGUGUCCGAAGAAUCCACAAACUACCCCAACUGCCCUGAACGCUUUGCUGUCUGUUCCCAGGUCCUCACCUCCAAGGGUUUCUCUCAAGGGCGGCACUACUGGGAAGUCCGACUGAGCAGCAACAACUUCAUCGGCAUAGGCUUAGCUUACAGCAGCAUUGACCGCAAAGGCCCCACCAGUCGACUUGGCCGCAACGCUCAGUCCUGGUGUGUCGAGUGGUUUAAUGUCAAGCUGUCAGCUUGGCACAACAGCAGUGAGACAGUGCUGGUCAAUCCCAAUCCAAAGCGUGUAGGAGUGCUGUUGGAUUGUGAGCAGGGCACGGCUACGUUCUACAACGUUGCCGACAGGGCGUAUCCCUUCCACUCAUUUAUCUUUCCCUUUGCUGAAGCGGUCUAUCCAGCUUUCUGGAUUUUCUCAAGCGGCUCUUCCAUCUCUCUGUGCAAGCUGCAGGCUUGAGUAGCAUAUGCGGCUAUGGCUCAGUAGGUAGAGCGGAUUGUCCAUGAACCGAAGGGUUAGCGGUUCGAUCCCCCGAUUGUCCUUGAGCAAGACACUGAACCCCCAGUUGUGUGUGUGUGCUUGUGUGAGUGAAUGGGUGGAUGUGUCUCUGACUGUAAACGCGCUUUGAGUACCUUUGAGUAGGUAGAAAAGCGCUAUAUAAGAGCAAGACCAUUUACCAUAUGCAUAUAAACUAAAAAUAUAAACAGAAAAGCUAAAAACUAUUUGUCAGUUGAAGGGGCUGACCAGUUAGAUUGUGUCAUAUAUGGAUAGAUAGAUACAUGGAUAGAUAGAUCAGGGAUGAAGUGUCCUUGUGCAAGACACUACCUUUGAGUAAGUAGAAAAGCGCUAUAAAAAAGCAAGACCAUUUACCAUCAGGAUUAAUUUUGUGAUGUUGGGAUGGGUCAGGUGAAAUAAUGAUACCUCCCCCCCCCACACACACUACAGAUGGCUUUAAACCUAUUUUCAUCUUGGGUUUAUUUUUUCAUAAACUGACUCAUAAGUGCAUCAAAUACACUUAGCGUACAGUCUAUAUACUUGAAAACACAGCAUGUUUUUCAAAUACAUCCUCAUAUAAGUUCCAUAUUAUAUAAACAUUGGAAUAAAAAACAUGAUAUUUUAGUGGCACAAAUGGGCAGGAUUAAAGUUAUAAUUUUUAUUAUUAAAUUAAAAAAUAUAUUAAAAGGACCACUGUGUAGGAUUUUUUUACACAUACAGCCUCUUUCACGUAAUUCAUGUGUUUUUACUCUAGCCCACAACAGACAGAUGUAAAUCUACAUACACCUCCAUGUUAAAAAUCUCACAGCAGAAAUAAACAGAUAAAAUAAAUAUCUAAAAUAACCCCUGAAGACAAUUACUUAGUUUGGGAAUUACCUACUGGAACCUGAUGGCCACCAUAAGUUCUCCUAUUUUGUAAAAGCAGAGGUAUUUAGUGUAUUGCACUCUCCACUAGAUGUCACUUAAUCCUAUACUCUGGACUUUUAAACAGCGACAAUAGCUAUGCAGCAAUUACAGUAUAACCGAGACGGAAGUGUUUCCUGGGUUUCCCUGUGGUUUAAAAGGCCAGAUUUUAUUCACUUCCUGUUUUUCUACAUUUACAGCAAAACACACUUGACACACUUCUUACUGUACAGCAUGUCUGUAAGUGUUCUGUAUUAACCGCAGAUUAUUUAUCAUACUCUGUACAGAAGUUGUGAAUGCAAUGUGAUAGGAUGUGAGUUUAUCACUGAAACUCAUGAUAUUAAUUCUGCAGAAUCUUUUUUGUUUAUUAACUUAAGGAUUAUUUUGGAGUGUAGCAAGAUUAUAGGGCUGGUUGAUACAAAAUUUUUAAUCACUAUUUUUUUCAUUACAUAAACUAUUAUUUCUGAUGUCUUAAAAGUAGCUUUCAUAUCUUUAGGAAUUAAAACACAUCUAUGUGAUUUCUGUAAACUGAGUGUAGCUAUCUUUCCUUAUAGUUAGGUGAUAGUUGGCUUUCCUUGCUGAUCCUGGAAAGUUUUUGUCUUAUGUCUACAGAAGACAAAAUUAAUUAAUUUAUUAAUAUAAAUUUCUGUUCAACCCCCAAUUAUGCCAGGGCAGACCAACUUCUGUACUGAAGUGGCUCUGUUUGCAACAGCAAAGAUCUUCUGAGCCAAUCAAAAAAGUUAAAUGGUUUCAGCGGGCUUAUGUAGUUGUAGAUUAAAUUAAAGUUAAAUCUAUUUGCAACGAAAUGUCUCUGACUGGUUAUAGGAUUUUUUUUUUUUGAGUUUGUGAAUGAAUUUGCAUAACCCAGCCCUAUAAGCUCACUUCUUCCAGACUGGUUCAGGCUGUUGGGAACAGAGCUCAUAUAGAGCUUUUUUUUUUUAUCACAUCUGGACAGUCUUUUCUUUUUCAUUUUCAUGGAAUUUUGCUAUGGAAAUGGAGAUGACAUGUAGCAGUUGUCCAAUGGUUGAUUUGAACCUAGGAUGUCAUGCUUGCAUGGUGCACUCCAUAAAAAUAAUAUUUGAAAAUCUAUGGAGGGCACUUAAAACCGACAAACCAUCAGAAUAUUUUGAUGGCUCGGUUGGCUUUUCGUGAGGUGUUGAUAGUUUCACAGGUUCUUGUACCCAAUCAAGUACCCCAAACUGUAAGAGGCCCUGAUCAGGCACCAUUGCUGUCCUUCAGGUGUUACAGCAGCUGUCCAUGAGUAUACUGGUAACUUGAGACAAACAUGCUCAUCUUGCAGGUGUGAAAUGACAAACUGUACAGAUGGAAGUUUAUCUUCGCUGUAUGUUAACAGUCACGUUAACUGUUCAGUUUGUAUUAUCUUUGUUCUUUUUGACUAAGAAAUACCAGCCUCACCACAAUCAGGAUGUUCAGAGUGACUUAUUGAUAAGCCAAACAUUUGUUAAUAAGGAAAGGUUCAGACGGAAUGAUUGCUAAACUAUUUUUGUUUAUCUCAACAUUUCAGGUACCUUUAUGUUCAUGCUAUAGGCCAACAUUACUGUACCUGGUGUCAACCUUUUCUAUUUUCUCUUCCAACAUUUAGUGUUGUGGAGACUUGGCUUAAGACUUUUGAAAAUACUGCGAGCUUUCUUUCUUUUCUUUCUUUUUUUUAGUUUAUUUGACGAGGACAGUGCACAUGCAUUGAACAAUGAGUCAAAUACAUGUCAUGUAAAUAUGCCAGAUUAAGCUCAGGGCCAAUUUCCAUCUGUCAUCCUCAAAAUAUUCUGAACACUUUUAAUGACAUAAUAGUGGUGUCUAUGAUUACUGGAAUAUAAAUAUGAAUAAUAUAUUACCUAGUGUCUGGUUUUGUCUUGUAAAUGCCUCCUAGAUUAAUCAUGAAUCUUUCUCAGAUGCCUUUGAGUUUGUUUUGUGGUGAUCCUUAACAUUCUUCUCUCAUGAUUCUCUGCAUCAAACAUGAAAAUGAAAUUAACAUCGAACCAACUCUUUGUAACACUUCUGUGUUUUAUGUCAUAUCUAUUGUUGUUAUGAUUCUCAGUCAGUUUGGUUCAGAUAUCUUUAAUUUUAAUUUUGAGUUAUUAAAUUUUAAUAUUUUCUGAAAUGUAAAAUACAGAGAACCAAACCUUACAGCGGAGUUAAAUUCCUUUUGUUGUUUUUUGUAAGAUUCACAAAUUAUAACCUAGGUAAUAAGAAUAUUUGUUAAAAAUGUUGGUAUUUCUUGGAUUUGUUUGUAUGGAUUUGUAUUAUUGUUUUGGAUCAAUAAAGAAUUGAUAAGAUUAACUGAG